GUGGGUCACAUGUGUUGUCCAGGAAGCAAUUCAGCGUGCCAUGGGGAAGGAUGACGAAGUCAUGCCGUUUUCCGAAAGGCCCGCUUCCAGUGGCAGGGUAGAACUGCCAAAGCCAAAUGACCCGAAUUUGAAAUGCCAAUCCUUCAGGCCAGCUUUGCAGGAUGCAAAGUUCAGAAAGAUAUUUAAACACUUCCAGGAAAAAUCUCCAGUUAUGAAAGCUUCAAAGAUGGAGAAUGCCAUGCAAGUGUUGGGAUUGAACCCAACGCCCGCGCAGGUCUGCGAGCUUUUACAUCGUGUGGGCCAGCCUGUCGUCCUCAACUUUGAAACCUUCAGCCAAGCAAAGAAGGAGGCACUUGCAUGCUGGGCGCAACCGGCUGAGGCCCAGGCGGCGGAACUUCAAAAGUGUUUUGAGGAUUUCGAUCCGCAAAAGACUGGCUUUUUGCAGCGGGCGACGAUUGCCACAAUCAUGGGCGGAACGUUCUCAGAAGAGCAAUUGGAGGAGCUGUUGAGCGGAACCAGACUGACAAGUAAGGGCUACAAGUAUUCCGACCUGGUCGAAAAGCUUUUGAACGAUGACGAGAAGGUAACCUGUUCCACCAGCGAGAGCAGUGAUGGUUCUUGUGAGGAAAGGGGAGUUGAAGCAAGUGAGGGCAUCAAGCAGAGUUUGGAGGAGGCUUUGCGUGAAGAGUUUGCGACGAAAUUGGCAGAGCUACAGGAAGCCCUUGAGGCGUCUAACAGACAACUUGAAGAAGCGAAGAAAGAGCACUUGCAGAAGGUUCGUUCACUACAAGAGAAGCUUGAAGCAUCGAAGAGAGAAACACAGGAAUUGACUCAUAGAGAGGACAAGCAGAAGGUGCUGAUGGAGGAGCGCGAAGAAAGGGGCCAGAAUCAAGAAAUUGAUCGGCCAAGAUCUUUACUCGACUCGGGCGUUGCGGCAACGCAGAGAUUCGAGGAGGCCUUGCAGAUAUUCGAGGAGAGUACAGCGCAGCAUGGUGCAGACCACCCAGAGAUUGCAAGUGCUUACCAGUCUUUGGACAAUCAGAAGCUGGAUGAGGCCACCCAGAUCUUGUCAUUCCACUUGGGGGCGGUUUUACCACUUCGCUUCACAGUGAAAGAGCGGCCUUCCGUGCUGCGCAACAUGGAAGAGACAACAUUCCUCGGCCGCUUCAAAGCUGGAGCAAAGAAGUGUUUCGUGUCCUACCCAGGCAAAUUCAAAGGUGGUUGGCAGAUACUCGUCAGGGAUGACGGUGAGUACAGUGACCAGAGCGCGGCCUGUGUGUAUUGUUGCAAACGAAAAGAUGGUUUGGGUGUGCACGUUCCCGACCCACUGAACCCCGCUGCGCCCUGUUACUGUUGGCGGAUCUGCGGAAAGGGAAACCCUACGAACAGAAAUUUUCACACGUUUGGGUACCUCUUCGAAGUGGGACCGCCAUACGAUGAUGAGAAGCACAUGAAGAAUGCUGAAGAAACGGCGAAGGCCAUGAAUGCCAUUCUUGUCCGCAAAGAUGCCAGUCCAGAGGAAUACCGUAAGGCGGUUGAAGAUGCCAAAAGAGCAUGGUCAGAGCAUGGUGAACGUCCAGCUUGGGGUUGUUUUUGGUAUGACGUUUGGUACAAGAACACGGAGAAAGGAGUGAAAGCAGGACAAACACCCGUAGUGGUCUACUAUCCCGGGAUGCUUGGCAUGGGCAAGGCCACAAUGGAAGACUUGUCGAACCCUGACGUGUCUCUGUGGGACUCAGACUCCUCAAACCGAGGUCUUGGAGGAUCCCAGAAGAUGGAAGUCGCGACCAUGGAUGCCAUGAAUUGGCCCUAUGAAGAGAUGGAUUUUAUGGAAUUCAUUCAUCGAUCCUUGCAAAUUGGCGAGAAGGUCCUGGCUUGGAACGAGGGCAAGCGUCAGUGGACCAGGGGAGUAAUCGCGAGCAAAAGAGAGCUCGAGCCACAGGACAAGGAAGAUGUCAGUUUCAAGUGGGCAGUGCAAUGUCAGGAAUCUGAGGACUGUUUUGAAACCAGCCGAAUCCGGCCUGACAAUGGUGAAAUGGACGAGCUCGAGGAGAAGUUGAUACGGCAGGAUUUCAUCGGGGCUUUGAACGUUUGCCUCCAAGAAGGUCAGACAGUCAUCAGCACCUGCCCCAGGAAGGAGUGGCUCCAGGAUGGCACCCCUGCCAUGACCUUUGACAUCCGAAGCCAAGAUGUCGGAUCCCUCCAAAAACUAUGCAGCGAUGUUCUGUCUGGCAAUUUUGAGGUCUCGAUCAACAAAGAAACCUUCAAGAAUCAGACGGAAACGGCUGGCUUAAAUGAUGAGAUUGACUAUUGGCAGCUACAGGUCAACAAGACGGAGUUUGUGAAAGCUUACAAAAGCAUGCUCAUGAGCUCUACGAGACUCACCCCGCAUCAACAAGAUCGACUCUCCAAGCUUGAUGAGUCUAACAGAAUCCAUUUGAAAGCGGCCGCAGGUUCCGGUAAAACCUUUGUGGCAGCGCAGAAGGUUGUCAACACUUUGCUUGGGCAUCCUGAAGGACAAGUUUUGUUUGUAGCCCCCUGCAAGACGCUUUGCCUCCAUUUUGUGCGAUUGCUAUUGAUGAUGGAUACUGGAGGCCGUGCAGAAGAGCUUGUGUGUGCUCGCCUGAAGGUCAUGUACAACAAUCCCUUCAAAUGCUUCAUGACGGUGAGAAUCGUUGACAACAAACGAAGAAUCACAUUUCAAGAGGAGAAAAACACAGCCGAAAGGGAGCUCAUCCUUGCAGUGGUGGAUGAGGCUCAUGAUAUUUUUUGCCCACGUGUUGUUCAGAAGCACCUGAAAGAGACAUUGCAGAGAUCCAAGCAAUCUAUCCUACUUUCCGAUUUAUCUCAGUCUUCGGCAUUGGAGCAGAAUUUCCACGAGCUUGGUCACUAUGAUGAAGUCUACCUCACGGAGACUGUGCGCAGCACCGAGCGAGUUGCGUUGGGCGCAAAGUCCUUCCAAUUGAGUUUUGAACAUGAGCAGAGUGAGAAAACUGAGGUGACGUCUAUUGGUUCCAAAGGACCACCGUUGAAAACUUUUAUUUUUGAACGACCAAAGAAAGAGGCAGCACCACUGUUCAAUGACUAUUGCCACUACACCAUUGCGGCUCUCAAGCACGUGGUUUCAUCAUACCCAGACCUGAGCCUUCACCACAACGUGGCAAUUAUUGUGCCACACUCCGAUUUUCUCGGCAAACUUAAACCACUUUUGAAAAAGAAGCUCCAGGAAGAGAUUACGUGUCGAAAGCUCUCAAAAAGACUCGGCCUCAUCAGCUUCGAGGAUUCGCUCUCCUACCUGGUCUCGUCAAGUGUGGCAGAACAGGACUCCAAAGAGGAGCAUAUGAUUUUGGAUUCCAUUGACAAUGCUAAGGGAUUAGAGCAGCUCAUCGUCAUAGUAGUUGGAAUGGAUGCAGAGAUCAAAUCAAAAGGUGCUCGGGACAGGGAAACUGUAAAGUUUGUAGGUCGGAGCCGAGUUGAGAACUCCCAUCACGAAUCCUCCCUGAUGCCUUCUUCACCAGUGGACUCAUCUCCCGCAAUGCAGUUGUAUGAUAUAUUUGUGUAAAGGCUGUAAAGGUGCUAACUUGUUUGAACUCAACAUCAUGCAACAGCAGAUGUGAUGAGAGUCAUUGUUGGCCCGAUGCACACAGGCCCCGCCGAUUUGACCACUUUGGCAGCACGGGCCGGCUUGUACCAAAGCAUUACGCGAGCUCAGCUCCUGGCUGUCGUGGUCAACAAGCUGUUACCUGGCGGAUGGCUCGCACAUUUGGCCACAUGCAGGUUGAAACAAGGCCAAUUCGACGAGCGGGAAGCCCGUGGAGAAGCUCAAACGACAGCAGCCACCAAUUUGGUUCAAGACAUUCAGUCAAGAAAAUCAAAAAAGAACAAUCAGAAUGAAACGGACAAACAGUUGGACAGUACUGGACGAUCUGUUUCGAAAAACCUACCGGAAUCGCAAUCGUCGCCAUCCCGCGGCAAAUCUCCAGCUGUCUCAUCUUUGCUCAAGCCAGUGCGCUACCAAGGAGCCUUCGAAACUUCGGUUUGGGACACAGACCAAAACAGCCUCUUUACAUCCAUUGCUGAGCUGCGGCCAGCAUUCAAUCCUCUCGAAUUGAGUCUACCUCUUUUCGAUUUGCUGAAGUCCAAGCUCUCCCGAGUUCCCUUGCCCAGCAGUUGCCCUUUCCCGGAAGAAGACUGCUUCGUGUGCUGGCAAAACUUUCCUGAUGAAGUGGCGGAACAUGAUGAAUUUCUUGAAAGAAUGAGGAGGCUUUACUUGUUCCACCGGGGCGGUGCUUGGCUUGAAAGAACCGAACUAAUUUCCUGGGACCUCAAGUACCCAGUUCACGCGGGGGACCCGGAACUGCAUGGGCACAAUGGAAUUCGGACGGCUACCAGGUACAUUCGUGAGGGGCGCUAUGCACUGCAGUCAACGUCCCGAAAAGUGACCCUCACCUAUGAUCGACUGGCUCGUGCCGAAUACAGAGCGGCGGGGCCUGGUCGGGGGGGCCGUUUCGAGGAGUGGGCAAUCCGUCCGCGAGUGCCACCGCCUGCUGACGUGGACCUGGAAGAGCUUUCUGAAAAGUCGAAGAAUCCCAGCGUGAAGCCGAUCGCCUGGCCGGAUCAUAACCUCUCGGAGCAGACAUUGAAGGAUUUGGAAGAGCAAUGGAAGGAGCGUGGGCCUUGGAGCCUGGAGCACUUGUGGUUCUCCACCACUGAUCUGGGUUGAAGCAAUGUUGGCAAUGCGCAUCACAAAGCCAAAACGGUUUCACAGGCCUUUCGAUGCCUUUCGGGUUGAGUCGCUGCAGCGCAGAGGCGAAGCAGCAAUGGGUCAGCCUCCAAGGCCAUACCCAUUUCAGCAUGUUCAUCAGGUCAACAAC